GCCAUUGCUUAAUCUGUUUCGUCCGGUCCGUUAUUUAAAGAGAAACCUCUUGCUUAGAAAUCCCAAAUCUGUAAAUACAGCAAACUCCAUUAAUCUGCUCUGAGUUGGGUUAACGAGAAGCGAUAUUAAGAAUGGCGGGCAUGGCCAAACUCGUUUCUGCAUUGGCAAUCUUGCUUAGUGUUUCUACAUAUGUUAAUGGAUUCACGGCAUCUGGGUUCACCAGAGGUCACGCCACAUUUUAUGGAGGAAGUGAUGCCUCCGGAACUAUGGGUGGAGCUUGUGGAUAUGGCGAUCUGUAUUCUGCAGGGUAUGGGACUAGGACUGCGGCUCUGAGUACUGCUUUGUUCAACGAUGGAGGUUCAUGUGGGCAAUGCUACAGGAUCAUCUGUGAUUAUGCAACAGAUUCCAAAUGGUGCAUUAAGGGAGUAUCCGUGACUGUGACAGCAACCAACUUUUGUCCUCCUAAUUAUGAUCUUCCCAGCAACAACGGAGGCUGGUGCAACCCGCCUCUUCAGCAUUUCGACAUGGCUCAGCCCGCUUGGGAGAAGAUUGCAAUCUACAGAGGUGGCAUUGUCCCCGUCUUGUUCCAAAGGGUUCCAUGUAAGAAGCAUGGAGGCGUCAGGUUCGCCAUAAAUGGGAGGGACUAUUUUGAGCUUGUUCUGAUUAGCAAUGUGGGAGGAGCAGGAUCUAUUAAAUCUGCCUACGUCAAAGGCUCGAACACCGGUUGGAUGGCAAUGUCAAGAAAUUGGGGAGCUAAUUGGCAGUCCAAUGCCUACCUCAAUGGCCAAUCUCUGUCCUUCAAAGUCACCACCACCGAUGGAGAAACUAAACUCUUUACGAACAUUGUGCCUUCAAGUUGGAAUUUUGGCCAAACCUUCUCCAGUUUAGUACAGUUUUCUUAAGCACUGGGCUUUUCCGGUUCAGCUGGGUUUCGGAUUUGGUUAAUUUGGAAAGCAGCAGAGGCGUGCUUAACAUAUUUUACUUGAGCAGCCCGCCAUAUUCUUUGGGUGAAUUAUCAUAUGAUGAUCAGGUUAAUGAGCUUAAAAGGGUAUUGUGCAUUUUGAGCAAAACCCAUCAAGUAUGGAUGAUGUUAUCUGUUAUAGGCUAUAGCAACUAAAUAAGAAGCGCGGUCAUGCUUCAACAUGUAGAAAUAUGUUUACCUUUUACAGUUUACUACAAUUUAUAAUUUUAUAUCUUAUAACAUGAAUCUCAAUUGUAAUAGUUUACUUUAUUGGGAAAUCAA